AAUGUUCUAUGACAUUACGGUUUCCGGAUAAAUCAUACUUGUCAUUCAAUCAAAUCAAAUCGUCAAAAUUCAAAGUCGUAAAAUCAUGGCAAAAUUCAUUAAAUUCCCACGUAACUACAUUCCACACAUCAAAUAUAUCUUCUCAGAAGCAACUUCAUCAAGGCUAUAUUCGUGUGGAAAGGGCGGAAAGAAAAAAGAUCCAUGCAAGCCACCUUGCCCUUGUCCACCACCGAAACCUCCUUGUUGCCCACCUCCUUGCCCGCCAAAACCUCCCUGCUGUCCUCCUCCAUGCCCUUGCCCUUGCCCACCAAAACCUCCUUGCUGCCCUCCUCCCUGCCCUUGCCCACCAAAACCUCCUUGCUGUCCCCCUCCUUGCCCUCCAAAACCUCCCUGCUGUCCUCCUCCUUGCCCACAUAAACCUCCCUGCUGCCCGCCUCCUCCUUGCCCUUGCCCACCUAAACCUCCCUGCUGUCCACCUCCCCCUUGCCCUUGCCCACCUAAGCCUCCUUGCUGUCCACCUCCUCCUUGCCCUUGUCCACCAAAACCUCCUUGUUGCCCUCCACCAUGUCCAUGCCCACCAAAGCCAUGUUGCGGUCCUUGCUGUAGUCCAGCCAUUGCAGGAAAAACUGCUGUAAUAACUGGAGGAGCUUUAGGAAUAGGAUAUUAUUGUGCUCUUGCUAUUCUGAAGAAUGGUGGAAAGGUUAUGCUUGGUGAUGUCAAGGUUCAGGAAGGAAAAGAUGCAAUCUGUAAAAUAAUUGAUCAGUUUGGAUAUAAUAGAGCUGCUUUUAUUAAAUGCGAUGUUUCGAAAGCGCAAGAUAUGGAGUGUUUAUUCAACGCUGCACUCUGCGAAUUCAAACAGAUCGAUAUUCUUAUUAAUAACGCAGGAAUUUUAGAGGAUGCUUUAUGGCAGAAAACAGUUGACAUCAACAUCACAGGUCUCAUUCGUGGCACCCUUCUAGGAUUUCAUUACAUGAGGAGAAACAGAAACGGUGGUAGAAUUAUUAACCUUUCUUCCAUCCUUGGCCACCGACCCUUCCACGCAUGUCCUGUAUAUACCGGUUCAAAGCACUUUGUCAUCGGUUUCUCAAGGUCGAUGGGGAGUGACUUUUAUUUUUGCCAAACCGGCGUCAAAGUUAUGACUCUUUGUCCAGGAGUGACGCUGACUCCUAUGGUGACAGAAUCAGGAACAAGACCUCAGCUGGAAGGUUUCUCGGAUACGUCGAAGGAAUUACAUGAAGGGCUCUACUCACUUCCAACACAAACGGUCGAAGUUUGUGGUUCACACAUAGUACCAAUGCUUGAAGCUGACAUAAAUGGUUCUGAUUGGAUAUCUGAGAACAACGAAGUUUACAGAGUCAGUAGAGUGGAUUAUCCUAGCCUGAGGAUUUGUUGUUAAACAAUAUAUACCACUACAAGAGAUCUUUCAUGAAUUAGACGUGUCAAUAGUGUAAAACUAAAACCCUUCAUUACAGUUCAUUACAACCCAUAA